ACCAGAACCAUCGUCAUGGCGAAAUGUUGUUUUUCUACCAGUUUUUGGGUUUCCUGAACGCGCUAAGCGAACAGAAUGCGAACCCGCACCGGCUGCUAGUCCUUGGAUUGUUAACGUGCAUUAUCGGCGACGUCUCUUGUCGGGCACUCAGCGACUUUGUGCUGUGUUCGGGUCGCGAGUAAAGUGGACUUCAAAUGUUAUGUCAGUGCCGUAGAAGAACGGCAGGUGGACUGUGUACCAGAAAUUCACUUGCAGCAGUAGAAUCUUCAGAAACAUGAUAGCCGCAUCUGCUGCAGCACGAGCUCACCAUGUGAGAGAACAUGAAAAACACUCUAGAGAAGAAGCGUUCAGGCGCUCUCAAUUAAUUCAUGGCGAUGGAGAUGGUCAGGAUCUUCAAGCCGCCGAAGAACCCUAUAAACCACUGGCGGCGCACUAUUUACUAGUACCGUUUAAGGAUUGCGAUUACGAACCCCAAGAUGGACAAACGUUCCUUAUUGUUGCGAACAAGUUUGGUAAACAGUAUGUGUAUCGUUUCCAUGCCUCAGACUCACUUUAUCUCUUCAGCCCUCGCAACAGGAUUCGAAGAUUUGUCCUCUUUUUAAUAACUCAUCAAUAUUUUGAACUCAUUAUUUUGUUAACAAUUUUAACAAACUGUGUAUUCCUAGCAAUGAGCAAUCCACCGGAUGAGGCUGAAUAUGUUUUUGCUGCUAUUUACACUCUGGAGAUGUUCCUUAAGAUCAUCGGCCGUGGAUUUGCUCUUCAUAAAUACGCGUAUCUUAGAAAUGCGUGGAAUUGGUUAGACUUUCUAGUAGUAAUUUUAGGAUAUAUAACAAUGCUUCCAGGAGUAGAAAAUUUAUCAGGAAUUAGAACUUUCAGAGUUCUUAGAGCUUUGAGGACAAUAUCAGCAGUUAAAGGUUUAAAAGCCAUGGUUAACACGCUAUUGAAAUCAAUUAGGAUGCUUUCUGAUGUGCUAAUUCUUACUACUUUCUUCUUAUGCGUCUUUGCACUCAUCGGCCUUCAACUUUUCGUGGGUAUCAUGCAGUGGAAGUGUGUUCUUAACCCCCCUAAUGGCUGGCCGCAGAAUCCGGACGAUUUUUCUAAUUACUUGAAAAAUGAAAGUAACCACCAUGUGUUCAAGGGCGAUGGCUUAGCUGUCUUGUGUGGAAAUACUUCUGCCGCCUACCAAUGUCCUGAAAACUACACCUGUAUGCCAAACACCGGGGACAAUCCUAUAUCCGAGUAUAUCAGCUAUGACAACUUUGGAUGGGCCUUGCUUACAUCUCUUCAGUUGGUCACAAUGGAUUACUGGGAAAGCAUUUAUAACAGCGUCAUUGCUACGAAAGGAUCUUGGUAUGUGUUCUAUUUCGUGUUUGUGAUCUUCCUUGGUCCGUUCUACUUGAUCAACCUCGUGUUGGCUGUUGUCUCACUCUCUUACGAACAAGAGACUGCUGCACUGCAAGACGAGACUCUGAGGGCGGAAACGUUUGCGAAACUAAAACGCAGCGCGUCCACCUACUCAUUUGACGGACAUAUGGAGCCAGAGCCGUUGUACCAGGAGGAUAGACAGCGCAUUGAGGAGCGCGAGGCUUACAUAACAGCACAUCCAGAGGAAUCAGAACACCCCCCUGAACCAGAGGAACCAGUGGAAUUAACUGUGGAGGUUCCUCGAAGCCCAAGCUGUUGGAGAAAGACACAAAAUAAAGUCUCCUGUGUGGUUAACUCCUCCAUCUUCGAGACUUUCAUCACUCUGUGCAUACUGCUAAAUACUCUAGCAAUGGCGUUGGAACAUUAUAAUAUGGACAAAGUGUUUUCCAAGGUUCUCGAAAACUGCAAUCUGGUGUUUACUGUGGUGUUCAUCAUGGAAAUGAUUCUCAAACUGAUUGCUUUCGGUUUAAAAGAGUACUGCAAAAAUAGCUGGAAUCUGUUCGACGGGACGAUUGUUAUUCUGAGUAUCUUGGACAUGGUGCUGACAUACUCUGGUGCCAUCACCGGAGCAGGUCUCAGCGUACUAAGGACGUUCAGAUUGCUUCGAGUGCUGAAGCUCGCCCAGUCGUGGAAAACAAUGGGAGAUCUGCUGAACACGAUAGGAAGCAGUGUGGGACCUGUAGGGAAUAUCACUGUUAUCCUCGCAAUUAUUGUGUACAUGUUUGCGGUGGUCGGAAUGCAGUUGUUUAAGUCUUAUUACAAAGCGGAAAAGUUUAAGGAUGGUAAACUCCCGCGCUGGAAUUUUGAUGAUUUCGGUCAUUCCUUCAUGGUGAUUUUUAGGAUAUUAUGCGGUAAAUGGAUUGAGCCACUGUGGUGGACCAUGAAGGCUACUUCUCCUGCGGCAAUUUUUUUCAUUUUGCCGGCUUUUGUAAUCGGCAAUUUCGUGAUUUUAAAUCUUUUUCUCGCACUCCUGCUGAACUCGUUCAGUGCGGGGGGUGAUGAACCGGAGGACGAAGAGGAAAAAAAGAGGAAGGAAGAAGAGAAGAAGAGGAAGAAAAAGGAGAAAGAAAAGAAGAGGCGACUAAACAUUCUUCGUAUGCUUGGAAGGAAAAACAAAAAUCUGUCGGGAAGUAGGAGCAAAGUUGGACCUGAUGAAGAAGGCGAGGGAACUGAUGUGGAUGCGCACUCACGAACAGUCAGCCCAGCUGACGACGGGUGCAAAAAAGAAGCAGCAAUCAUAUUGUCCAACAAUCCUAAGAAUGGAGAGCAAGAGAAUGGAUAUGAGAUGACUAUGGUAAAUCGAUUACCCAACGGUCAGACGCAACAAGAGAAUUUUAACGGCUUCAAGUACGGCUUUGAUGAAACACCAGGUAAGCCUGUGGCACGCAACACCAAAGUCAACUCCCUGCCGAUUGAAAAUCGCCAUUCGCUGACCACCGCUAUUGAUUUGGAAGACGCCGCAAGGAGGAUACGGGAUUUUCCCGAUCCAAACAAGAGACUUCCCCACGUCAACCGCGUUAAAAGCGACGAUAGACUGGAAACUAGUGAGAACAACCUAAGUAAUGGAGAUCUUGUCGCCAAUGGUUCCGCUCCCGUGGUGAUAAAUGGCAAUUCGCGAAUGUCUGCUGGAUCGUCACAUAAAGAUGUCAGUUUGGGUGACAUAGAGUCACGUAUUCCACCCAACAGCCCAGGCCAUGAAUCGAAGCGUGACACCAUAGUCACGGUAGAUACCGAUGACACGACUCCUUCGGGUGGAGUGCGUCCGUGUUGCCCAACUUUCUGUUACUGUGACAGUGGUUGCUGUGACAACUACAAGGAAUCGUGCAUUCGGAGAAGUUGGCAUGGAUUGCGUUACAAUAUCUGUGCUUUUGUAGAGCAUAAGUACUUUGAGUGGUUUAUCCUCGCCAUGAUAGUGAUCAGUAGUUUAACUCUGGUGUUUGAAGACAUUCAUUUGAAAAACAACCCCGUCUUGAGUCAGACGUUAAAAGUGAUGAACUACAUCUUCGCAGUCACCUUUACCGUUGAAAUGCUUCUUAAAAUCGUCGGAAUGGGUUUCGUGGGAUAUUUUUCCAACCUGUGGAACUGUUUGGACAGUUUCAUUGUAGCGAUCUCCCUCGCAAGUCUCACCGGAAGUAAGAAUUUACAGUCAUUCAGAUCUCUCAGAGCCCUAAGACCUCUCAGAGCGAUAUCUCGGUUUGAAGGAAUGAAGAUUGUCGUCAAUUCAUUGGUGCAUGCUGUCCCAGCUAUCGUCAACGUGAUGUUGGUGUGUCUUAUAUUCUGGCUAAUCUUCAGCAUUGUCGGCUACCAGUUGUUCAGCGGCAAGUUCUAUAGAUGCUUCAAUAGCGAGACCCUUGAUAAGUACACGCCAGAUGUGGUCAUGAACAAAUCACAGUGUAACGAGUCACAGGGCAUGCUCUGGAGGAACGCUAAAAUCAACUUCGAUAGCUCACUGCAAGGAUUCUUGGCUCUCUUUCAAGUUGCUACCCUAGAGGGAGUGUUUGAAGUUAUGGACGAUUCUGUGGAUAGUGUUGGACAAGAACAACAGCCAAAAUAUGAGAACAGCUUCUACGCCUACUUCUAUUACGUCGUGUUCAUCAUCAUGGGUUCGUUUUUUAUCUUGAACCUCUUUAUUGGAGUCAUCAUUGAGAAUUUUAAUCGCCUCAAACAGCAGUAUGAAGAUAGCGGGGCACUUGGAAUGUUUUUAACACCAGGGCAGAGAAACUGGGUGAACACACUCAAGAAGACUUACUACAGGAAACCCAAGAAACAGUUCAAGAGACCACAGAACAAGUUUCGAGCGUGGCUGUUCGACUUGAUCCUACAAAAGAAAUUUGAAGUGUUCAUCAUGUCUGUGAUUCUCGUCAACAUGGUCACAAUGAUGAUGGAACAUCACAACCAAUCGGAGAGUUUCACCGAUGCGCUCAGAUAUUUGAACUAUAUCUUCACUGGGAUCUUCAUUAUAGAGGCAGUUAUAAGGCUGAUUGCAAUGCGGCUGGAUUACUUUAAAAUGGGUUGGAAUGUAUUUGAUUUCGUAAUAGUGGUUUUCUCCAUUGUUGGCAUCGUUGUCGAAGACGUGUUGAAAAAGGAAAUGAUCUUCUCACCAGGCUUACUACGAGUUGUCAGGGUCUUUAGACUGGGAAGACUGCUGCGAUUCUUUGAAGGUGCAAAAGGUGUUCGUCGAUUGCUGUUUACUCUGGUGAAAUCACUGCCCGGAUUGGUCAAUAUUGCUAUGUUGUUGGGCCUGAUUAUAUUCAUAUACGCCAUUAUUGGUAUGUCAUCGUUCGGUUAUGUCAAAAAGAGCAACGGCAUUACGGACGUGGUGAAUUUUGAAACGUUUGGAAACUCCAUGCUUUUGUUAUUUCGGGUUGGAACAGCCGCGGGUUGGAACACCAUCCUUGAUCCACUCAUGGUAUCUGAACCCGACUGUGACCCGAAUAUGGAUAAUGGCGGACCCAAUGGAAACUGUGGAAAUCGCUUUCUUGCUGUGUUUUUCUUCGUUAGUUACAUUCUGAUUAUUUUCUUGAUAAUGAUAAACAUGUAUAUAGCUGUUAUUUUAGAAAAUUUCAAUGAGGCACAACAGCAAGAGGAGAUUGGUGUGACAGACGAUGAUCUAGAAACCUUUAUCCAGGUUUGGGAGGAGUUCGAUCCCAAAGCAACACAUUACAUUCAUGUCAAUCAACUGAGCGAUUUUCUAGCGGCUUUGGAACCGCCGCUUCAAGUUCCUAAACCAAACAGGCACCUCUUUGGUGAAUUACAGGUACCUCUUAAAACUGGAUAUCGCAUCUAUCUCGUGGAUCUUAUGCAAGUUCUCGUAAGACGCGCCAUGGGAGGUGUAGAAGGUCACGAAGAACAUGAGAUGGCCAUGUUAGUGGAUCGUUUGGAGGAGCGAUUCGCAAACAUGCGCAAAAAGGAAACUGACCUCAGGUCUCUUCCUGAGCAGCAUAAGUUUGAGAUUAAGGCGGCGGUGACAAUUCAAAAGGCCAUAAGGAUUUUCUUGCUAAAAAGAAGGCUGAGAGUCAGUAGGGGAGGAGCUUUUCAUGCAUAUGAUGAGCUGACUUCGGAAAAGGGCAAAGCUCAUGGGUGGAAGGAGAAACAAGUGGAAGACAACACUCGCGUGAUAGGCAUGCUGUGGCUAAGUCAAGCGAAGCGACACGAGGAGGAAUCAACCACAGAUGCACAAGAUGAAGAUGAGGAAAAUACUAAGGAUGAGGAAAACACGGAGGACGAUUCUCCUACCGAAGUUACUGUUGUGGACCAAGAGAAACCUAAACCCUCCCCAAACACUCUGAGUGUUCAUUGUUAGCGAACAGGAGGAAGGUCACGGAACGGCAACACAACAACACUUGUCAAAAUCAUUCUUAUCACAAUUACUUGUAUGGUUGGUGAUUAGGAGCGUCACUUUUAGAAAUGCAAAGGGUUCAAAACGAAAUUAAUGCGACUCAAGUCGUUAAGCUUAUUGGAUCGUUUGCUAAACUGUUCACUGAAAAAAUGGAGGAACAGAGCAAGUUAAGCACUAUUGAAUGUUGCGUAUAUGCAGUGGUAAUGAAUGCCAGAUAAUGCCUCGUGGAGCCUGAGAUACUUGAUCAAUGAGAGGGACUCUACCUGGAAUAAUUAGUCGAUUGGGGCCCUCGCGGAGCUAUCUUGUUAUGCCCCCAUGACAAAACCUUUACAAGCGUGAAUCCGCUGUACGGCAUGACAGUUGCUCCGCGGCUGCAUGUCGUAUAUUUUAUACGUUAAAAAUAACAGAAGGCCAAUGCCUUUGUAAAUAUUACUUAAAAAUAUUUUUGUUAUUAUUUGAUCGUAGCUGAAGGGAAGCAAUGCAUUUAGACGGUUAUUGCAUUUUUGCAGUGAGCCUCAAUCCUCUUUGAGGUUCUCGCUGAAUGAGAUUUGUCGAUGUUAUGUCCAGUUUUUAAGGUUAAUUUAGCUGACCGAAUUUAAACUAUCUAAAAAAAUCAAUUGUGUUUUUGUAUUGCACACCGCCUUGCUAAAUUAGGCGACGUAUUUCUCAAUUUUAAAUCAAUCAAUUAUUCCAGUUCAAAUUAAAAUAUUUGUGUAAGUUGAAUGAAUGCGAUAAUUCUUAUCUUAUUAUUAUGGUACUCUCCUUACUGAGGAGAAACUUUUUUGGCACAAAUAAUUAAAUUUCAGCUGCACUGCUGAAGGCAAUUUCUUGCUUUCUCUUUAUUGAGAGGGAAAGGUCAACGCCUAAUUUUUAGUUGAGUCAAAUUAGUAGAUAUUUUAUCGUGGAAUCAGCUGAUAACGUUAUCAGUGAGAUUACUGUUGUGUACGGUUAAGCCUCGUUAUUCUAUGAGACAGUUUGAUUCCUUAACCGUGAAAUACAAAGCAGCUUUGAUCAGACAAUGCUCUUUUAAAAAACUUGUUGAAAUAAGUUCUGACAGAGCUUACUUUUUGUUUAUGUCUCAGAUCGGUUCUAAGGCGACAACAUUUUAUAUUCUGUGGUUGUCUUAACGGCGCUUUUAACUUACUAUUUAUACAUUUAUUGAGGCUUCGAUUUGCACAACAUUUAUCUCUGGUACAAGGUUAGCAAAAAUAGAGCAGGACCGUAAAACAUCAGUUCAUCGUGUCUAGUAUUAAAAUUUCCAUUUUCUCUAUUUUGAAUUAAUAAUUAUUUAAAAAUAAUGUUGAUAUUUUUGUUCUCUUACGGUACGUUAAGCUUGCUCCAGUGCUAAAGCGUAGUUAUGUAAAUAUAAGAUUGUGCCAAGGUGUUAUGGUAACUUAUUGCCGGUGAAACGGUUAGUUAUGGACUGGUUUGACUGGGUAAGAAUGCGGAUCAGCGACCUUUGUUCGAGGGCUCAAGUCCUUUAUCAACAAUACAAUAUACUUAUUGUUCGCUAGUGACAAGUGAAAGUUAAAUUUCACAAGAAUUUAUUAAGAUAGCUUUUUAUACUUUUGUUUUCGUUUUAAGGUUGAUAUCUCCGCGUAAUUGACAAAUGUUUAUCACAAAAUUCACCCGCGGAGAUACGUUUUUUUGUAUUAAAGAUAGUGUUAUUGAGGAUGUGAAGGCUCGCUUAAAAUGUGGCGCUUUCCAGCUUGCAGUUGUUGAAAAUAACAAACCACAGUCUGGACCGUAAACUUUAUCAAAUCACGAAAACGCACCACAAGGAACAUUGCAUUGAAAUAAAUAGGCUUAUUACCAAAUUUGUGACAAUUUUCAGCAAUAAAUUGCAGAAAAUAUUUCAGCUAACUUAUUUAUUUUGAUGUAAUAGGCAAUCUUGUGUUGGAGUUUCUACUAUGAUUUGAUUAGAUUUACAAAGGGCGAGGUUUUGCUUAAUAUCUUAAACAGAAAAGGCCAAAUGAUUUGGCAACUUAUUUAUGUCAAAAUUUUCCCAAAUUCGCUACUACAAAAAAAAUUUAUUCCGUUACGAGGAAGCACUAGUGGGAUCUUUUUGGUUCGUUUUCACCGAGAUUUUUGUAAGUACAAAUUUUAUACGUCAAAACCAUUAAACUCUGCGAACACAUAAA